CUGUCUUAGCUCGACCGUUAGAGACGCCGAAGCAGCAGGUGGAGUGCAGUCUAAUCCCCAGCUCCAGUUUAGCUGUAGAACUUUAAGGGGUUUCACGCCACAAAUCUAAAACACCGAAACCACCGUGAUGGCUGAAGGCGACAACAAAAGUUCAAACGUAAUAGCUCAGGAAACUGCACAGCUGGAGGAGCAGCUGCAGGCCUGGGGAGAGGUGAUCCUGGCUGGGGAUCGUGUUCUGCGAUGGGAGAAGCCCUGGUUCCCUGGAGCUCUAGUGGGAGCUACCACCGUGAUCUUCUUGCUGGUGUAUUACCUGGACCCGUCAGUGCUGACUGGACUCUCCUGCACAGUCAUGCUGCUCUGCUUGGCUGACUACUUGGUUCCCACCCUCGCCCCCCGAGUAUUUGGCUCCAAUAAGUGGACUACUGAGCAGCAGCAACGCUUCCAUGAGAUUUGCGGAAACCUGGUGAAGAGUCAGAAGAGGGUUGUUGGCUGGUGGAAGCGUCUCUGCGCUCUGAAGGAGGAGAAGCCCAAAAUGUACUUUGCCUCAGUGAUCAGCAGCCUGCUGGCAGUGGCCUGGAUCGGACAGCAGGUGCACAACCUCUUCCUCACCUACCUGACUGUGAGCUUCCUGCUUCUGCUGCCCGGGCUGAACCAGCACGGCAUCAUCAGCAAGUACGCGGGCAUGGCGAAGAGGGAGAUCAACAAGCUGCUGAAGCAGAAGGAGAAGAAGAACGAAUAGACACGACGAAAGGCGCUGGAACGAAGCGUUGCCGAGGACGACGAGAGGCUCUGUCUGCAAAUAAAACGCACUUUUUGUUUUUCACACCUUGGAAAAAAUUGGCCGUUUUCACACCUUUAGACCUCGCCACCCUUCAGUUUUAAAGACACCCGUGCAUGCAGCCACAGCUUUAGGUUUGUCACCUGUGAACGGCACAGCCCACUCUUUGUUUUUAGGUCAGGUGAGCUUUAUUUUAAAGAAUCUGCGAUACUAUGACGCCACUCGUUCUUAGACUUUGACUACUGAAGCAGCUUUUUAUCCGCUCUCACAAUAAUCAUGUUUUUUGGGGUGAAGUUUAGAUAAAGAGCCAAUUCUGAGGUUUCACUGAUGUAAGACGAUUCAGCUUUAGCGGGACUGAACCCAAAACUGGAUUUAAGGCUGAGCUGAUCAAGAGUCCAGACUGCUGAACCCACACAAGCUGGACCCUGUGUUUGUUUGGGGGGAGGGGGGUGUACAAAGCUUCUCAUGUCUGUCCGUUCUGUUUGUUUUCUCUCAUUUUCUUUGUUCAUAGUCUUUACAAUUUUUGUUGUAACUGGAAAUCUCAACUAUAAUAAAGUUUCAUUUUAAGUUA